AUGAAAACCUCCACUUCUCUCGCGAUCCUCGCAUCGCUGAGCGGUGUUUCCGCCUUUUGGCGCAUGGAAUGCCGUGGCCGUGCCGGCCUAGCCCGGAUUGACCCGCUCAUGAACCCCGGCGGCCCUGCGCAGCAUGCCCACGCGAUUCAUGGAUCUUCAGCCUUCAGCGCCACCUCGUCCUACGACGACCUCCGCAAUGGAGAGUGCACUUCCUGCGCCGUUACUGAGGACAUGUCCGCCUACUGGGCUCCUGGUGCUUACUUCAGGCACGCCAAUGGCACCUACGAGGAGGUCAACCAAGUCGGCGGCAUGCUUGCCUAUUACUUCUUGAACCCCGAUAUGAAGGACCCCAACAAGCCCAUCAAGGCUUUCCCUAACAACUUCCGCAUGAUUGCGGGGGAUAGCACUCGUCGCAACUACACGAUUGAUGGGCUUGACGUUCAUCAACCCGACCCCGCCAAAUCCGACUGGGGUAAGGACCAUGAGACUACCCAGGUCGAUCUGGCCCAGCGUGCCCUUGGCUUCAACUGCCUUAACUACCACGGCGAUGCCGAGCCCACCCUGUGGCGCCAUUAUCUCCCCGACAAGGCUUUCCUUGACGCCAACUGCCUUGAUGGUGUCCGCUUCGAGCUUGCGUUCCCUUCGUGCUGGAACGGCCGGGACAUCACUUCGGACAACUUCAAGUCUCACGUCGCCUACCCGGACACAGUUAUUAAUGGAAACUGCCCCGAGGGCUUCGAUGUAAAGCUGCCUGGUCUGAUGUACGAGACCAUCUACGACACUGCCGCCUUCAAGGGUAUCCCAGGCGAGUUUGUUAUGGCGAACGGUGAUGUCGAGGGCUUUGGCUACCAUGGUGACUUCAUUAGCGGUUGGAAGGAGGAGUUCCUUCAGGCCGCUGUUGAACAGUGCACCAACCUCAGUGGCAGGAUUGAGGACUGCUCUCUUUUCACCAUCCGUAGUGAGGACGAGCAGAGGCAGUGCAAGCUUACCAGCCCUCCCCUAAUCAUCGAGAAGCUUCUUGGCUUCAUCGGUGACAUCCUCCCCGGUGGUGUUGAGAUCUCACGUGGCCCUGGUCCUGCGAUCCCGAAGCCCCAUGGGGCUCCUGCGCCCAUCCCGCUGCCGGCCGUCAGCUCCGUUGUCCCGGGUCUUAACGUCCUGCCCGGUGGCGCGUUUGCCGAGAAGUCGACCUCGGAGGUUGCGCCGACCCCCAGCUCCACGUCCACCACCUCGACUUCGACUUCGACGUCGACUUCGACCACGCCUUCGACCACGUCUACCCCGGUCCCGUCGGACCCUCCCGUUCCCAAGGGGUACUCGCUUGUCCGGACCGACUAUGUCACCAAGGGCAACGUGGUCAGCAAGAUCGUCGUCAUUGAGACGGUCAAGUAUGUGAUGGCGGAGGCUACUGAGACCGUCACCGUCACGGCCACCCGUGGCACCGACAAGGCUCGCCGUGAGGUGCACCACAUGCACCAGCACCAGCAUCGCCAUCACCAUGGUGCGCACUAA